UUUUUGUGCUUUUCUCUAUUUCUGUGUUUUGAGUAUUCCAAUUUGUGAUUUUCUAGUCAUAAGUUGUACAAACAAAAGUAAAACCUUUUGGUAAUCAGUCUUAGAUGGGAUACGAUUGAGAGAUAAAAUAUAGGGAAGGUUUUGGCUCCCCAUGCACCAAAAAAAAAAAAUCUAGUGUUAUUAAAAUAGCAUUGAGAUUGGCAUAUGCACUGAGAUUAACACAAUGUACAUAAUUACUCAUAUCCUAGAUUUUUACGGUAGCUUUCUAGAUCAAGAAGGCCUUUAUAGGAAUGUUGUGCAUUAUAUCAUCCAAGAGUCGUGUUUCUGUGGCGUUCUGUCAUUCGUAUAAUAAGGCAUAGUUUAUAGAUUGGAGUUCCUUCCUUUGUCAUUUCUGCUAUGGUUGCUCUGGGCAAUGUUUUUCUCCUAAUUUUGUCGUUAAUUUAUGGUUUUCUAGCCUCCUACGCUUUGAGCGUGCAGUUAAGUAAGGCGCUAUCAUCACUUUUUUUUUAUGUAUGGCAUUUUUUGCAGUUGUCUGUCUUUUAUAUUCCAUUUUUUUAUCUGUAAUUGUAAAGGACCUACGAGCACCAUUAGAGAUGAAACUGUACUAUUUUUGUUCUAUUAAUGGGAGCAUUUGAUGUGUCUCUUCAGAGGACUUAAAGUUGGAGGAGCAAUUUGCAGCAAUGAAUCUCUCUGAUCCUGAAUAUGCUCCUCUCAUGGAGUCAAUUCUUUCCGCAGACUUAACAAAUGGCGCCCAAUCAUUUGGUAUUCACAAAGCUCAUCAAGCCCCAAAUGGUGUUUGCCUUGACAAAAUUGGAAAUGGAUCUUACAUUGGCAUGGCUCCACACCCUGAUGGCUCUGACCGUGUCUUUUUGUGGAAUCAACAAGGUAAAAUAUGGAUUUCCACUGUUCCUGUGGGUGGAUCUAAUGAAGUGUUGGAGCUUGAUGAAUCCAAGCCCUUUCUAGAUAUAACUGAUCAAGUGCUUGUUGGCGCGCAAUUUGGGGUAAUGGGAAUGGAUUUCCAUCCUAAUUUUGUGAGUAAUGGUCGUUUCUUUGUUUCUUACCACUGUGAUAAGUUGCGACACUCAGGAUGUUCAGCCAGAUGCUCAUGUAACUCAGAAAUUAGCUGUGAUCCAGCAACACUUCCAAUAGACAGUGGCAUUGUGCCAUGCCAGUAUCAAAUUGUAGUAUCAGAGUUCACAGCAAAUGGUACUGCAUCAACACCCUCCUUGGCAGAAAGUGCUGAGCCAUUGGAAGUGAGGAGGAUAUUUACAAUGGGACUUCCAGAUAAGGGAGUUCAUGGAGGCCAGAUUCUCUUUGGCCCUGCAGAUGGUUUUUUAUAUGUUAUGACUGGAAUUGGCACACAUCAAGGGGACCCUUACAAUUUUGCACAAAACAAGAGAUCAUUGCUCGGAAAGAUCUUGAGGAUUGAUGUGGAUCAAAGAAAUGAAGUUCAUGAUCAAGGGCUUUGGGGAAAUUACUCCAUACCAAGAGAUAAUCCGUACAACAAUGACAGGCAAUUAGCACCUGAAAUUUGGGUUUUGGGUCUUAGAAAUCCUUGGCGUUGUAGUUUCGAUUCAGAAAGACCUCCCUACUUCAUGUGUGGAGAUGCUGGACAGGACCGGUACGAAGAGAUAGACAUGAUAACAAAGGGUGGAAACUAUGGGUGGUCCAUCUAUGAAGGCCCUUAUCCCUUCGAACCAGAAAAUGUCCCCGAAAAAAACACUUCUUCUAGCUCCAAUAGUCCCAUAUUCCCGGUCAUGGGAUACAACCACUCUGCAGCUGAUAAGACAAUUGGUUCAGCGUCCAUAACCGGUGGCUACUUCUAUCGGUCUCAAACUGAUCCCUGUCUGUAUGGAAGGUACUUGUACAUAGACUUGUAUCCGGAUGGAAUUUGGUCAGGUAUUGAAAAUCCUGAAAACAGUAGAAACUUCACUAGUUCAAAAAUCCCAUACAGGUGCGCGCAUGAUUCUCCAAUCCAUUGUGAAGAAAUUGCAGAGGGUGUUAUGCCUGCUAUAGGAUAUGCUGCAUCUUUUGGAGAAGACAAUAGAAAAGACAUUCAUAUACUGACAACCACCGGCGUCUACAGAGUUGCACGUCCAAGUAGGUGUAAUUACCAUUGUCCUAAAGAAAGAACUGUUGCUAGUAAACCACCACCUCCUCCUGUUUCCUUGUCUGGAAAAUUAUGGGAGAGUGCAAAAUUCUAUGCUCUUCUUGUUUCUUCCUUGAUGCUGCUUUUGUUGAAUCUUGUGUAAUGGGAUAUGCGAUCUUGUUAUCAUUAAUGAUUAUCCAAUUAGUAGCAAAUGUAGUCUUUCUUUUCCAUAUUCUUCGUCAUUAAAAUCUCUAGGAUCUUGUUAAUACCGAAGAUCAGCUCAACUAAGAGUUGCAAAAAAGUAAACUAAACUUUACUUACACAAUAACAAC